AUGUCGAAAAUUGUUGAACGCGUUUCGAAAAUUGGCAAAACUCUGUAUGAGCACAAAAAGAAGGCGGCGUUUGUCGCGUUUUUGGGAUAUUUGGGAGCCGAUUGGGUGGUGAAAUGGAAUAGAAAUCAAAAUAUUCGAAGCGCCUAUGCGAAACAAGCGCUUCAAUUUGGAGAGAAAAUCACAAAUCCUGAUGAUCGUCCGCGGCGAGUUUUCGUUUUGGUGAACGUCGAAGGGAAUUCGCGGAAUUGCUUCGACGAUUUCAACAAAAAUGCUCUACCGCUGUUCCAUUUGGCGGGAAUUCAAGUGGAUAUUAUGAAGGCAAAAAAUGAGCACCAACUUGAAUCAUUGGCCGGAGCUCUAGAUUCGCAAGAAGCUGAUGUCGUGUAUAUCGUCGGAGGUGAUGGGACCAUUGGAAAAGUGGUGACGGGGGUAUUCAGAAAUCGAGAUAGAGCGCUUCUUCCGAUUGGAAUCUAUCCCGGCGGCUAUGACAACUUGUGGCUGAAACGAAUGGUGCCGACGGUUUUUGAGCGCACUGAAGACGUUCGAGCCGCUUGCGAGUCGGCAAUGGCUGUGAUUGAGGAUCAGAAGCGGGACGUCUACGCGUUCGAAAUGCUCACCGGCGAAUCGCAAGAGGGCCCGAUUUAUGGGCUCAGCGACGUCGGCGCCGGAUGGUUUCGGUCGAUCGAAGACACCCGAAAGAAGUUUUGGUAUUUUUCGAUAAUCAAACGCCGAUGGGCCUAUUUGUGGGAGAUGAUCAAGAGAAGCCCCGAAGACGUCGAGCUCACCAUCGAGUACGAGAAUCCGUGUUCGGGCUGCUCGAAUUGUCGUCCGAAGGUUGUGUUCGAGGCGCCGGCGUGGCGAUGGUGGCACGUGUUGACGGGAUCGCCGCGCUAUAAGAACACCGAACUUCAACGCGACUUCUCGUCAGUUCAAAAUGAAAAUUGUGGAGUCGCGCAAAAAAUUGAGACGAAAGGAACCGAGCUGAUCAUCGAGAACGAGCAAAAAGAGGACUACUCGCAAUUGAGAUUGCGCGUCGGCGGCACGAACGCCGGCAGAAUCGGUGUGAUCGCCGACGGAUGGAAACGAUGCGCCGAUGGUGUCGUCGGCAGAAGCCCGAACGCCGAUUUCUACACAACCGACAUCGACGCCAAAUCGUUGACGUUUCGAAUUUCCAAUUUGCCCGAGUACAUCCGGCGGCUUUACAUCUCCAGUGCUCCGACGCCCAAAGAUUCGGACGUCGUCGACAAGCCGAUCACGAUUCGCGGAACACAAAAGAAGCUCGAGGUGUUCCUUCCGUCAGCGAUUCGACUUGAAAUUUGA